GUGCCUUCCAUUUCCACAGGCAGCUGACACGAUGCCGCAGUACAGAACUCCCUAAAUAGUCUUGAAACAGAACAUCCAGCUGGAGAGGAGAGGAUGGAUGCUGGUAAAUUGACCAAAGAUGGAGAAAGUGAAGAGAAACCAAAAUGGAUGGGGAACAGUGCAGAAACAAUCAAGCAAGAAGGAGUGACAUCAGUGAAAGAAGAAUUUCGCGAAAAUUGUUAUGUUGAACAAGAACUAGUGACAGUGAAGAAAGAAGAAUUAGAAAUAGAAGCGUCUGUCUGUGCCUUUGAAGAAGUGAUAGUGAAGGAAGAAUAUAUUAUGGAGGACGAAGAGAGUGACUAUGAAGAGGAGGCAGAAGGUGAGGGAGAUGACAACAGUGCAAUGAUAAUGGGAGAGAGUGCUGUCAUUGGAGGAGAAGGAGAAUCACAUGAUCCAAUAGCAGAUGAACAUCUUGAGACUUCUAAAGGAGAUGUUGUAGGUGUAAAAGAAGAUUAUGAUGAUGAACAAUUCAAUGAAGAGUUGAUAAUAAAAGAUGAAGAGUGUGAAAUUACUUGGGACUACAUAGAAGAAGCAGAAGAGGAUAAAGUGGAAGAAGAAAAAGAAAUACGAGAAGAAGAAGAAGAAGAGUUGAUAAUAAAAGAUGAAGUGUUUGACAAUAUGUGGUACUACAUAGGAGAGGGAGAAGAAGAGAACAAAGAAGAUGUAGUGGAAGAAGAAGAAGAAGAAGAAGAAGAAGAAGAAGAAGAUGAUGAUGUAUCAAUAGAUGUUUACAGGGCUGGAAAGUCUUUCAAAUCAUUUUCCCGAAAGAGAAAUUUGAAGAAACAUAAUAGAACCCAUACAGGAGGAAAACCCUAUAAAUGUUCAGUCUGUGAUAAAGAAUUUUCUCAAAAGGGAAAUUUUGAUUAUCAUCUGAGAACCCAUACCGGGGAAAAACCCUAUAAGUGUUCAAACUGCCAUAAAGAGUUCGCUCAUAAGUCACAUUUGAAUGUACAUGAGAGAACCCAUUCAGGUGAAAGACCCUAUAAAUGUUCAAUCUGUCAUAAACGGUAUGCUCGGAAGGGCACCUUGAAUGAUCAUGAGAGAACCCAUUCAGGUGAAAGACCCUAUAAAUGUUCACUCUGCCAUAAAGGGUUUGUUCUAAAGAAAGCUUUGAUUAAACAUGAGAGGCUCUACUCGGGAGAAACCCCCUUUAAAUGUUCUACCUGCCAGAAAGGAUUCUCUUGUAAGGCACAUCUGAAUGUACAUGAGAGGUGCCAUUCUGGUGAAAGACCCUAUAAAUGUUCAGUUUGCAAUAAAGCAUUCUCUCAAAAUGGACUAUUGAAAGUUCAUGAGAGAACCCAUUCUGGCGAAAGACCCUAUAAAUGUUCAAACUGCAAUAAAGCAUUCUCUAGGAGGGAUAGUUUGAAAGAGCAUGAAAGGAGGAUUCACUCAAGAAAAAUACCAUAAAUGUUCUUCUUCUCUUCAAUAUUAAUAAAUAUGGUUUAUGUGAUGCUCAUUCAUGUUAAGGUGCGUACAGAUAUACACGCCGCGAACAUGAGCAAUUCACUUUUAAUCAGCUGAUUAUAUCUGUAUUUUUACAGAAACGGUAAGAUACAGAUAUAAAAA